ACAUCCUAUUGACUCUCAAGCUUCUAUCAGUGAACUCCCGGUUGCCCAGCCUGUUGUUGAUGAACGGUGCAUGAAUUUAUCUGAGAAAGAAGUUAUGGACCUUUUUGAAAAAAUGAUGGAAGACAUGAAUCUAAAUGAAGAACGUAAAGCUCCUCUAAGAGAUAAAGACUUGACCACAAAACGGGAGAUGGUUGUCCAGUACAUUUCUGCAACUGCCAAAUCUAUAGUCGGAAGUAGAGUUCCGGGUGGACUGAAAAACAGCAAGCAUGAAUGCACGUUGUCCUCACAAGAAUAUGUUCAUGAAUUACGAUCUGGAAUUACAGAGGAAAAGCUUCUUAAUUGUCUAGAGUCUUUGAGAGUAUCUCUAACAAGCAAUCCAGUUAGCUGGGUUAACAAUUUUGGACAUGAAGGUCUUGGACUUUUAUUGGAUGUAUUGGAACGGCUUUUGGACAAGAAACAGCAAGAAAAUAUUGAUAAGAAAAAUCAACAUAAACUUAUCCAGUGCCUCAAAGCAUUUAUGAACAACAAAUAUGGCUUGCAAAGGAUUCUAGGGGAUGAAAGAAGUCUUCUGUUACUAUCAAGAGCAAUUGAUCCCAGGCAACCUACCAUGAUGACCGAAACGGUGAAAAUACUUUCUGCUUUAUGUAUUGUUGGAGAGGAAAAUAUUCUUGACAAGCUCUUGGAAGCUAUAACAACAGCUGCGGAAAGGCGGAACCGGGAACGGUUUGCACAAAUUGUUGAAGGGUUGGAGAAUCAUGAAUCUUUACAGCUGCAGGUAGCCUGUAUGCAGUUCAUCAAUGCCCUUGUUACAUCUCCAGAAGAYCUUGAUUUCAGGAUACACUUGAGAAAUGAAUUUUUACGGUGCGGACUGAAAAAAGUAUUACCUGACUUGAAAGAUAAGGAGAAUGAAGAGCUUGAUAUUCAGUUGAAAGUGUUUGAUGAAAACAAAGAAGAAGACUUAAUUGAGCUGUCACAUCGUCUCGGUGAUAUCAAAGCUGAAAUGGAUGAUGUUAAUGAAGUAUAUCAUCUGUUGUAUAAUAUGUUGAAAGAUACAUCUUGCGAAAACUACUUCCUGUCAAUUCUUCAACAUUUCCUUCUGAUCAGGAAUGAUUAUUAUAUCCGACCUCAGUAUUACAAGAUAAUAGAGGAAUGCAUUUCACAGAUAGUAUUGCACUGCAGUGGCAUGGACCCGGAUUUUAAAUGUAGAGGAAGACUGGAUGUGGAUUUUACCCACCUUAUUGAUGCCUGUGUGGACAAAGCUAAAGUAGAAGAAAGUGAAAAAAAGGCAGCAGAAUUUUCCAAAAAGUUUGAUGAAGAGUUCACAGCUCGACAGGAGGCACAGGCUGAGCUUCAGAAACGAGAGGAGAAAAUCAAAGAACUUGAAACAGAAAUCAAGCAAUUACGAACACAGGGUCCAGGCCUGACGCAUCAGUCAGAAGUGCCACCAGCACCUCCGCCCCCACCAAGUGGGGCAGUGCCUCCACCACCUCCACCCCCACCACCCCCGCCACCACCUCCACCACCUCCUUUGCAUCCUGGUGGAGCAGCUCCUCCUCCUCCUCCACCUCCUCCUCCACCUAUGUGUGGACCUCCACUGCCAGCAUCUCUUGGAGGUGUUCCUGCUUUCCCUCCUGUUCCAGUGAUACCAGCGCUACCCCAUGGAAUGAAGGAGAAGAAAAAGUAUAAACCAGAAGUCUCUAUGAAAAGAAUCAACUGGUCAAAGGUUGAGCCAAAUGAAAUAAUGGAAUGCAGCUUUUGGGUAAAAGCUAGAGAAGAUAAAUAUGAAAGCCCUGAUCUGUUUGCAAAAUUAGCACUCACCUUUGGAUCACAAAUGAAAGCUAAAAGGGCACUAGAAGAAACAGAAGAAAAGAAAUCAACUCAGCCAAAGAAAAGGAUUAAAGAAUUAAGAAUUUUGGAUGGAAAGACUGCACAGAACUUAUCAAUAUUUUUGGGAUCUUUUCGUAUGCCUUAUGAAGAAAUAAAAAGUAUAAUUUUAGAGGUUGAUGAAGAGAAGCUGAGUGAAUCUUUAAUUCAGAGUCUAGUCAAGAAUCUUCCAGAGCAGAAAGAGCUCAAUGCCUUAGCCCAGUUAAAGGAUGAAUAUAAUGACCUUUGCGAGCCAGAACAAUUUGGAAUUGUCAUGAGUUCCGUGAAAAUGCUGCGGCCUCGUCUCAAUGGGAUUCUGUUCAGACUCAUGUUCGAAGAGCACGUAAACAACAUUAAGCCUGACAUUAUGGCAGUUACGCUGGCUUGCGAAGAGCUGAAGAAGAGCGAAAGCUUCAGCAGGCUUUUAGAGUUGGUGCUGCUGGUUGGAAACUACAUGAACUCUGGCUCCAGAAAUGCACAAUCUCUUGGUUUUAACAUCAGUUUUCUUUGCAAGAUUAGAGAUACUAAGUCAUCGGAUCAAAAAACAACCCUACUGCAUUUUCUGGUAGAGAUCUGUGAGGAGAAUUAUCGAGACAUUUUAAAAUUCCCAGAUGAAUUGGAGCAUGUUGAGAGUGCAAGUAAAGUUUCAGCCCAGACUCUCAAGAGCAACCUUGACUCCAUGGCCCACCAGAUCCAGCGCCUYGAAAAUGACAUUGAACAUUUCCCUAAAACAAGAGACGCACAGGAUAAAUUUGUGGAAAAGAUGAGCAGCUUUGCUAAGAGUGCCCGAGACCAAUAUGAAAAGUUGUCCAAUAUGCACAACAACAUGACCAAGUUGUAUGAAAACUUGGGAGAAUACUUCACCUUUGAUCCUAAAGCAGUAAGCAUAGAAGAAUUCUUUGGUGAUCUUAGCAACUUCAGAAAUCUAUUUUUGGAGGCAUUAAAAGACAACAACAAAAAAAGAGAACUAGAGGAGAAAACUAAGAGAGCCAAGCUGGCAAAAGAGAAGGCUGAACGAGAGAAACUGGAGCGGCAGAAGAAGAAGCAGCAGUUGAUUGAUAUGAACAGAGAGGGUGAUGAGACGGGAGUAAUGGAUAAUCUGCUUGAGGCCUUGCAGUCGGGAGCAGCAUUCAGGGAUCGCAGGAAACGAACACCAAGAAGCCAAGAGAGAGAGAAGAAACAAACCUGCCUUGUUCAACAUUAAUUUCAUUCAUUAGUGGAAGCUCUGAGAUGCUGCCUCUGCUUGUUUAACUUCACCAAGAUUAACRAAGAAAACAGGAGACAAUAGAAUAUUACUGUCUUGUAGACUUCUCAUAAUUUUCAGUUCAUGUUUGACCAUGUUCUUUAAUUUUAAAA